GUCCUGGCCGGCGAAAUCGCAGUAGCGACGCGGAUGCCGCAGCGUCUCGACGCCGAUUCCUCCAGGACGAAGGACAACGCGGCGCCGUCAUGUGACUGGUCGGUUUCGUGGCGACGUCGAUCCACCGCGUGUUUCCAGUGUUGGCAGGUGUUCGCUCGAACUUGAACUGCAGCACAAGACAUGGAUUUUAGAGCGCUGUCCGACUGCGGCGACUGAAAAAUUGCCGCACUCCGCAAAAAUCUGGAUUCCAAAUUAUUCAGGAGAGCCACCCUUGGGUCCAGACCACUUAUGACAGAUGAGCUUAUCACCGGGACUCCGAACAGGAAGCGCCGUGCAGCACGCACCGAGAUGAUGCGACUUCUGGGCAUGCGGCUGGUGACGCGCCUGCUGCUCCUUGUUUGCUCGCUCAGCCUGAUCAGCUUGUUAUUUCUGAGCCGGUGCGGACUCAGUGGAUUAGAUACUUCCGCCGUGAUGGAGGAGACGGAGUCGCAGCCGGGAGUUGUCUCAGGCUCCACCGUGGUGGCCAACCAGGCGGCCGUCAGCCACGACAACCCCGGGGACAACGGCUUGUCGUACCAGCAGCUCCUCCAGCAGCGCGAAGAAGAGAACCGCCAGGAGGUGGAGCGCCUCACUGCCGAAAUCAGAGCGCUCAAACUCCAGCUACUCCAGCUCACAAACGGUAACCCCCGCGCGCCCUCCGCCCCCGACUCGCCUUUCACCGCCAACGCCAACUCGUCCGUGUCUUCGUCGGCGUCGCCGCUAUCCAACGCCGACUGCGCCAACUUCGUCAAGAAGCAGGCCAUGGCGGCCGAGAUCUUCCACGGCAUCCCACUCAACAACGAAUACGAGCUGGUGCCCUUCAACCACUUCACCUACAGCCGGGUGUACCCCAUCGAGCUGGGCCUGGGCAAGCGCGUGGUGGAGAAGCCCAUCGGGUUCAAGCGCAAGGACCUACUCGAGAGUCUCAUGAAGGCCCUAGAGACUCUCAACAAGAACGCCACCGAGAAGCUCACCAAGUACACCCUGGACGACUUCCUCGAGGGGUUGUACCGCGGCGAGCCCACCACCGGGACGCAGUACGAGUUGUACUUUCGGACUAAAAACGGGCGCAAGGGCGUCCCGGGGGGGUUCACCAAGGUGGUGGUGUUCCGGCCGUUCGCGCCCGUGCAGGCCAUCGCCACGCAGACGCUCGCAGGUCCCCGCGACAAGGAGCUCAUCCACAUCAUCCUGCCGCUGUCCGGCCGCACCGCCACCUUCCAGAGCUUCAUGGACAAGUUCGUGAAGAUCGGACUCAAGAACGACCGGCGGGUGCACCUCACGGUGGUGUACUUCGGCGAGGAGGGUCUGUCGGAAGCCAGAGCCAUCAUGUCGCGGGUCCUCAUGACGAAGAACAGCGGCGGCAACGCCAACAACCUGCGCCUGCUGGCGCUCAACGAGACCUUCUCGCGGGGCAAGGGUUUGCGCGUGGGGGCGGAGCGCCUGUGGGGCGACAAGAAGGACGUGCUGCUGUUCAUGUGCGACGUGGACGUGGUGUUCAGUGCGCGCUUCCUGGACCGGUGCCGGUGGAACACUGAGGCCGGCAGGAAGGUGUACUACCCGGUGGUGUUCAGCCUGUACAACCCCCACGUGGUGUACACGCUGCAGGGGCGCGACGUGCCGUCGGAGAACGACCAGCUGGUGAUCUCGAGGGACACGGGCUUCUGGAGGGACUUCGGCUACGGGAUGACGUGCCAGUACAGAUCCGACUUUCUGAAAGUUCGUGGCUUCGACGAGGACAUAGUAGGCUGGGGCGGCGAAGACGUCAUGCUGUAUCGAAAGUACGUCCGAAGCAGUAUGAAGGUGAUCAGAGCCACGGACCCCGGGAUUUUCCACAUCUGGCACCCCAAGGUGUGUUCGGGCGGGCCGGGUAGCCAGAAGCUGUCCGCCGACCAGUACCGGGCUUGCAUUAGAUCGCGAGCCCUCAACGAAGCCUCCCAUGCCCAGCUGGGCUUCCUGGCGUUCCGGGACGACAUCGCUGCCAAUAGUAGUCCGGCGAAGUACCCGCCGCACCCCCCAAAACCCAUUAAGCCGCAGCAACUCAAGAAGAAACCCACCACCUGAGUGACAUCCACCGAAUUUUAACCCAUCGAGUGACAAAAGUGAGAUAAAGACAAUCCUAACCUAACUUUUGCUUAACCCCUAUAGCGGAAGGUGGCUUGCACGCACACAGUGUACUGAAGAUGAGUCAGUGUCGAAACACGUUGUUAGUUGUUUUAGUUCGGGGGGAGGUGCACUGUGUGCGCCAUGUUAGGGUAGAUUAGCCCGUCUGGAUGAUCCAGGUGUGGUCCAGACGAGCUGAAGCCGAAUCCGCGCCGCGCGAUUGGAGCCGAAAUUCCAUAUUUUGUUACCGUUGCGUUCUUUAAAUGUUAGAAUGUUGUAAGACUGUUGCUACAUCGAAUAGGUUUCCGUAGAACCAACUAGCUCUAGUCUAGCGCAUGUUACUUUGUAUACCUGCAUACAAUUGGACACUGGAGCGACCUUUUGUAUUUGAUUGAAACGUCCUGACAGAUGAUAUCACUAGAUAUAUACUAUGUUUUCCAAUUAUGAUGUGAGCGAUUUUAAGAAUAAAUUUUGUUGUAAU